GAGGCUUCCUGCGCCGUCCUUAGCUAGUUUUGGACCUUACAUAAAACUAGUAAACAUGCUAGCUCGGACGUGUGCGCCGCAGCGGCCUGCUGGCGUUGUUGCCAACCGUAGUCUUCGCGCUGCGCGCGUGGCACCAGUAUCUCGUCUGCCAGUGCUGAGGGCAGCGGCAGCGGAGCCGAAGAAGGAGGUUGACACCGCGGUUGAGGAGUUUGAUGGUCCUGAGGUUGUGCCGAGCACUCAGCAGGUGUCAUCGUUUAUCAACACUCUAUGCAAUGAAACGGAGAUUGCUGAGAUGCACCUAAAGAUGAGCGGCUUUGAGCUUAAAGUGAAGCGAAGCGUCGCUGGCAGCGCUGCAGCCCCCGCGUUUGCCCCUGCCGCUGCUGCCGCGCCCGUUGCGGCCGCUGCUGCUCCUGCGGCCGCGGCGCUGCCCCUCGCAGCGACCCUUGACCUGCCGAUGCCCGUCCCGACGGUGGAGGACACUGUGGAUGAGAGCCUGGUGUACGUCAACUCCCCCAAGGUCGGCAUCUUCCGCCGCGGCAAGUACGCGGCAGGAAAGCGCGUGGGCAAGGGCAACUGCGUCGAUGUGGGCGCCCAACUCAAGAAGGGCCAGACGCUGGGCUACGUGGAGCAGCUGGGCACCUUUGUGGAGGUCAAGACCCCCAUUGCCGGCGAGCUGGUGAAGGUUCAUCUGGAGGACGGCAAGCCGGUGGAGUACCAGCAGCUGAUUGCGGAGGUGGCGCCCUUCUUCGGUGGGGCGGAUGUGGGCUUCGGAAGGCAGCAGUUUGAUUGAGACCACCCCACUGCGGUGCUUAGGAUGCUGCCUUUGCUGACCUGUUCCGCAGGCGGACACAUCAUUGGCGACAGCAAGCACGCCUGAGCAGGCGCUUCGUGUGCCAGGAGGUUGUUUAUUAAAAGUUGGCGGCGGUUGCUUUACACCAUUUUGAAUUGCAGGGGCUUGAGCGGGCUGGGGAGGUGGGGUUGCCUUAUGCUCAGCCUAGCGCAGGUGGAAGCUCUCGCGGCUAGCUGCGUUUUUGAGAUAAGUGUGUUUCUCGGAUGCCGGUGGCUGCCAUUUUCCAACGGCAGCUGCAAAGUAUAGCUGCAAGUUGCACAUGUGAGCAGACGAGGGUGGUAUACUGUUGAAAAAAAAGUCACAUGGCUUAUCACUUGCCGUCUUCGUCUUCCAGCGCCUGUGAAUGCGACGCGUAGGAUUUGAGGCUCUUGCUUGGCUAUAGUGAUAUAAGAUCUUGAGACAUGCGAGUGCGGCGGACUGCAGGAUUGUGGGUUUUGCGGAGGACGUUUAUUACACACCCGAACAAUAGCGACGGUAGACAGGAUGAUCGACAUCGUUAGGGUGACGGUGUAAUUUGCUUCGGAGGAAACAUGCGCAGGCGUGCGUGUUUUA